UAAAUAGAUUUGACUUGAUACAGACUUUUAGCACUAUGCGUCCACAAAUCAGUGAAGUGUUCUAAAGACUUAUAAUGGAAAGAACUACAGAAUGGGCUUUAGUUUUCCCAUUAAAAACUUCUUUGUUUACCAUGAAACACUCGUCCCAGCCGACCAUAGUAAAACCUCGGGAUUAUACCACCAAAAAGAAAUCCAAAACAAAAGAUUCGACAAAAUCUAAUCGUUUGGGUAUGAGACGCGGUUCAAGUUUGUCAGAACUGGACAAGAUAUCCGUCCAGCAACAGUUACCGGACAUAGUGAGGUCCACGACGUCUUCGUCUCAAAAACUGAGCGUUAGUCCACACUCGGUCCCACACAGUCCUUAUUUGACACGCUCCUUUCAAGGAAGCGGUCAACUGCGAUGUGGUAGCAACAGCUCCAACGUAAGGGACAGCUUUGGAGACCUGAUGAACAUGAAAACGUUCGGAAGCAGUCAGUGGAGUGUGAGGAGUGAGUCGUUGAUAGCAAAAACUGUCCCCCUUUCUACUGUUACUCCACGACAGUCUCCGAAGCAUUUUUCUGAUAGGACAUGUUCGCUGGAAGUGUUGGAGGUCUCCGUGGAGGAAUUGACUCAAGAGGGAGGACCGCUAACGACAGCACAGAGGACAAAAAGGUUCACGAAGCUGUUGAAACAGCACCAGGAUGUUUCCCUCAAUGAAUGUGAAUGCUGCUGUUUGAUGGUGCAUGAAGAGGAGAUCGACGUAUGCAGACGAUGACGACAGUAACAGAGCAGUUUUAUAAAAUUAUCCAAAAACCC